CACAAACACAAGUAAUCACAAUGGCUCCAAAAGUUGCAAUUAUCAUCUACUCCUUGUACCACCACAUCGCUACCAUGGCUGAAGCAGUCAAGAAGGGUGUCGAAGCUGCUGGCGGUGAAGCUACCAUCUUCCAAGUGCCAGAAACCUUGUCCGAAGAGGUUUUGACUCUUUUGCACGCUCCACCAAAGCCAGACUACCCAAUCGCCACCAACGACACCUUGACCUCCUACGAUGCCUUCGUCUUUGGUAUCCCUACCAGAUUCGGUAACUACCCAGCCCAAUUCAAGGCCUUCUGGGACGCUACUGGAGGUUUGUGGGCUUCUGGUGCUCUUUACGGUAAGCCUGCCGGUAUCUUCGUUUCCACCGGUACCCCAGGUGGAGGUCAAGAAGUCACUGCCUUGAACGCUCUUUCCGUGUUGGUUCACCACGGUAUCAUCUACGUUCCUUUGGGUUACGCUAAGGCUUUCCCACAGAUCACCUCUUUCGAAGAGGUUCACGGUUCUUCGCCAUGGGGUGCCGGUACCUUUGCUGGUGCUGACGGUUCCAGAUCGCCAAACAAGAUCGAAUUGGAAAUCGCCGAGAUCCAGGGUAAGAGCUUCUACGAAACCAUCCAAAAGUUCUAGAUGUUCUGAAUGUAUACGAGUAUAAUUGAAUAAAUGUAAGCGAAUGAU